UCAAGCCUGGUUGACGUGCACAGGCUCUCUAUGCACUGUGCUCUGAUUGGCUAAGGAAAACACCCCCGUAGGUCAAGAGUACUUGUUGGCCCCUUUUCUUUCUGUGCAACUCGAGCGUGAUAAUGGCGACGGCUGGACAACACUGAACCGCUUUAGCGGGGCUUGCCCUCUGAGCCCCUCCCGUCGGAUCGAAACAGUCCAUGAAAUGAAUGCAAUGCGGCAAGGACCGAAUCCUUGAAUGAUCGAAUCCGUGAAGGAACUGGAAUCAGUGAUCAAGUGUAAGGCGGCAGUGGCUUGGGGGCCGGGGAAGAGCCUGUCACUCGAAGAGGUGGAGGUGGCCCCACCCAAAGCCCACGAGGUCCGCAUCAAGCUCUUUGCCACGGGAAUAUGUCACACGGAUUCCUACACUCUUAGUGGGUCGGAUCCGGAGGGCCUCUUCCCGGUUAUCCUGGGUCAUGAGGGGGCGGGAAAGGUGGAGAGUGUUGGUGAAGGUGUCACAAAAUUCAAAGCAGGUGACACUGUGAUUCCCCUGUACAUUCCUCAAUGUGGGGACUGCAAGUUCUGCAAAAAUCCCAAGACCAACCUCUGCCAGAAGAUCAGGGUGACCCAGGGACAGGGCCUGAUGCCGGAUAAGACGAGCCGGUUCACCUGCAAGGGGAAGCCGGUGUUCCAUUUCAUGGGCUGCAGCACCUUCUCGGAGUACACCGUGGUGGCUGACAUCUCCCUGGCCAAGGUGGACGAGAAGGCCGCCUUGGACAAAGUGUGCCUCUUGGGCUGCGGUAUCUCCACUGGGUACGGGGCCGUUCUCAACACUGCCAAGGUGGAAAAGGGGUCCACCUGUGCUGUGUUUGGCCUGGGGGCUCUGGGACUCGCCGUCAUCAUGGGCUGCAAGGAGGUGGGGGCGACCCGGAUCAUUGGCAUCGACAUCAAUCCUGACAAGUUUGAGAAGGCCAAGGAGUUCGGCCUCACAGAAGCUGUGAACCCGAAGGAGCACUCCCGCCCCAUACAGGAGGUCUUGGUGGAAAUGACUGAUGGGGGGGUGGACUACUCCUUCGAGUGUGUGGGCAACGUGGGCAUCAUGAGAUCAGCGCUGGAAGCGUGCCAUAAGGGCUGGGGCGUGAGCGUCAUCAUUGGGGUGGCCGGGGCGGGACAGGAGAUCUCCACUCGCCCCUUCCAGCUGGUCACGGGGCGCACCUGGAAAGGAACUGCCUUCGGGGGAUGGAAGAGUGUGGAGAGUGUGCCCAAGCUGGUCGAUGACUACAUGAACAAGAAGCUCAAGGUGGACGAGUUUGUGACCCACACCUUGCCCUUCGACAAGAUCAAUGAAGGCUUCGAUCUCAUGCAUGCUGGGAAAAGCAUUCGGGCCGUGCUGCAGUUCUAAGCGUUGGAUUCGGACUUGAGGUGCUUAAGAGAACACCACUUGUACCACUUUGAUAAUCUUUCACGUUUUAGAAAAUAAAAUCCUUCAACACCCA